GAGGCGGCCGCUCCCAGUUCGCACUUGGGCACCUGUGGCGGGCAGCGCAGGGGAGCCGCGGUCCUCGACCCGCUGGGGGUCUGCUCCAUCCAGAUCGGCUUGCAGCCGUCCCCGCCCGCCAGGAUCUCCGCGGCCCCCGCAGGAGCGGCAGCCCACUUUGCCAAGAUGUCCAAGGUGGCCAAGUACCGCCGGCAGGUGAGUGAGGACCCCGACAUCGACAGCCUGCUGUCCACCCUGUCUCCCGAGGAGAUGGAGGAGCUGGAGAAGGAGCUGGACGUGGGGGACCCAGACGCCAGCGUCCCCGUGGGCCUGCGCCAGAGAAACCAGACGGAGAAGCCCUCCUCGGGCGCGUACGACCGGGAAGCCAUGCUCAACUUCUGCGAAAAGGAGACCAAGAAACUCAUCCAGAGGGAAAUGUCCGUGGAUGAGGACAAGCAAGUGGAGACCAAGACCGACGCCAAGAAGGGGGAGGAAAGGGGCAGAGAUGCCAGCAAAAAGCCCCCAGGCCCCAAGCGGGACUCAGACCUGGCCAAGGAGCCAAAGAAAGGCGUUUUGAAGAAAAGCUUCUCGAGAGACAAGGACGAAGCCGACAGCAAAAGCGCAGAGAAGCCCAAGGAGGAGAAGCUGGUCCGGGGCCUCGAGAAGGGCCGGGUCAGGGCCGCAGUGGACAAGAAGGAGGCCGGGAAGGAGGGGCGGGCGCAGGAGGGGCCGGCAGCCCCCAGGAAGGACGGGGAGAAGCCGGGCAGCGUGGGCAGAGACAAGGCUAAGAAAGGAGAGGAGAAGAAGGAGGCCGCGGGCAAGCGGGAGGAGGCCGAGAAGGUGAAAGGCGGGAAGGACACGGACGCCCGGACGGUCGGCCAGGAGGCCAAGAGAGGGGGCAGGGACAGGGCCACCAGGCCGGAGGCCCAGAAGGCUAAAGCGGAGGAGCCCCGCCAUGCGAAGGCCCCCCGAGAGGAGAGCGAGACCCCGGCUCCGGAGAGACCCGCCCCCGGAGCCCCCGCCGAGCCCGCCGACGGGCCCGCCAAGGCCGAGGAGGAGGCGGCCCCCAGCAUCUUUGACGAGCCCCUGGAGAGGGUGAAGAGCAACGACCCGGAGGUGACCGAGGUCAACGUGAACAACUCGGACUGCAUCACCACCGAGAUCCUGGUGCGCUUCGCGGAGGCGCUGGAGUUCAACACGGCCGUCAAGGUCUUCGCCUUGGCCAACACGCGGGCGGACGACCACGUGGCCUUCGCCGUGGCCAUCAUGCUCAAGGCCAACAAGACCCUCACCAGCCUGAACCUGGACUCCAACCACAUCACCAGCAAGGGCAUCCUGGCCAUCUUCCGGGCCCUCCUGCAGAACAGCUCGCUGACCGAGCUCCGCUUCCACAACCAGCGCCACAUCUGCGGCGGCAAGACCGAGAUGGAGAUGGCCAAGCUGCUCAAGGAGAACACCACGCUGCUGAAGCUGGGGUACCACUUCGAGCUGGCCGGGCCCCGCAUGACCGUCACCAGCCUGCUCAGCCGCAACAUGGACCGGCAGCGGCAGAGGCGGCUGCAGGAGCAGCGGCAGGCGCAGGGGGCGCCCCCGCCAGGGCCCCCCGCCCGGGGCGCGCCCAGGCCCCCCCCGCAGCCGUCCCCCAAGGCCGCGCCCAAGAACUCGCCCCGGAAGGGGGGCGCCCCGGCCGCGCCGCCCCCGCCCCCGCCCCCCCUGGCCCCCCCGCUCCUCGUGGAGAACCUGAGGAACUCGCUCUCGCCGGCCACCCAGCGGAAGAUGGGCGACAAGGUCCUCCCGGCCCAGGAGAAGAACUCCCGGGACCAGCUGCUGGCCGCCAUCCGCUCCAGCAACCUCAAGCAGCUCAAGAAGGUGGAGGUGCCCAAGCUGCUGCAGUAGGACCGGCCGCAGGCGCCGUCCGCAACGCCACGCCUGCCCAGGCCCCGCUUCCCAGGGCCGCACAGACACUGCCCGCCACGCCGGCUGACCUGCUCUGGACGUCCCUGCCCUGCCGUGGGAGACCUGGAGGCCUGGGCCAGCUCUGGGAAGGAUGCCUUCUCUCCUCGCUUUCCAUUUCUUGUCUCUGAGGCUCUCCACAAAUGUCUCAUACCUGGAGCUGAGGUUUCUGGACAAGAAGAGUCCUUUUAGCAUGUGACUGAGAAGACGGCACGCCUGGGGCCCUUGUGUGGCCGGCAAGCUGCCGACGGCCUAGGGUCCAGGGAAGAUGCCCCCCAGGGACCACGUGACCAGCCUGCCCCCCCCCCCCCCCGGGGCCGGGAUUCAGGCCUCUGAGGAGCCCUCGGGGCAAGGCCGUGGGGCUGGUGGUGCUCCGUGUGGGGCAAGGGUGGAAGACUGGAGGAUGGAGGGUCCAGGGGGAGAGGGAGGAGGGGCUGAGGACACCCUCGAGCCCCUCCCCACUAGUCAGUGGACAAGGCAGGAGCAGCAGGCCUGGUGGGGGGGCGAGCUCCAGACGUGAGGAGAGGACAGACAGCAGCUGGACCUGAAGGUUUGAUGCCAAAGCAGACAUUUCCUCACAGCCACCUGCUGCUGUAUAAAUAGCCGUGUAUCUGUUUUUCCAUAAGAUUUUGAUAAUAUAUACAAGCCUUCAGCUGUGA